GCAGAGGAGGGAGAACUCACUUCUGAGUGUGCGACUGUUUCAGUCAACCCCCCUUCUUUAAAAAAAAGCGUGAGAUCUGUGCGGAAGAGCCGAGCUGUCAAUGAAAGGGGUUAAAAGACACAAAAUGAAGAGGAAAAAUAAAUCUACCUAUUAGCCCCUCACACACACGCGCUCCUGGAGGAUCUCAAAGCAUGGGACUGGGACCUGGAGCUGCUGUUAGGUGUUAAAGUAUUCGGCAAUAUGUGAUGUUCUGUUACAUAAAGGGAGGCACACCAUCCUGUUGAUGCCAAAUGGAAGACCUUGACUUGGAUACAAUGCAGGAAACGUUAUCAAAUUUUUCAGAUUUGUCCAGUGACCUGACUGCUAGCAUCAACAAAACCUGCUCCUUGAACAAGGGUUUCCAGUUUUACUAUCUGCCCAUCAUGUACAUUAUUGUGUUUGUCACUGGAUUCAUCGGAAACAGUGUUGCUCUCUGGAUGUUCAUCUUUCACAUGAGGCCUUGGAGUAGCAUCACCGUUUACAUGUUUAACCUCGUCCUGGCUGACCUCUUCUACGUCUUCUCUCUGCCGGUUUUAAUAUUUUACUAUUUCAACAAGACAGACUGGAUCUUCGGGGAGGCCCUGUGCAAACUGCAGAGGUUCAUCUUCCACGUUAACCUCUACGGGAGCAUCUUGUUUCUGACCUGCAUCAGCGUCCACAGGUACACGGGGGUGGUGCACCCCAUGAGAUCACUGGGCAGGUUGAAGAAAAAAUCGGCCACCAUUGUGUGCAUGUGCGUGUGGGUUGUGGUCAUGGCUGGCAUCUCCCCAAUACUGUACUUCUCCCGAACUGGGCCAAGGAAAAAUAAAACAAUUACGUGUUACGAUACAACGUCGAAAGAGCUCCUGAGCACUUAUUUCAUUUACAGCAUGCUGACUACAUUCUUUGGUUUCUGCGUCCCCUUUGCCACCAUCCUGGUCUGUUAUGGAUUCAUAGUGAAGGCCUUAAUAUCUAACGACAUGAGGACACCACUCCGGGGCAAGUCUGUGCGUCUCGUCAUCAUCGUGUUGGCCGUUUUUGCCAUUUCCUACCUCCCCUUCCAUGUAAUGAAGAACCUUAACCUCCAGUCCAGACUCUAUUACCAGGGGCUAGAGACAUGCGAGUGGAACAAGAGGGUCUACGCCACUUAUCAGGUGACCCGCGGGCUUGCCAGCCUCAAUAGCUGCGUGGACCCUAUCUUGUACUUCCUGGCAGGAGACACUUUCAGGAGGAGAUUCACUACUGCGGCCAGUAGGUUCAUGUCUAAGCGGGGAGAGACCAACCUACAGUUUCGGAGUGAAGACAGUCCACUUCAUGCUGUGUCAAACAUUUCACAAAAUGGUGACACUUCUCUCUGAACUUUGUGUUGGCAAAUUUUACAACGUUUCUUUGUAGGUUUUGGAGGUACAGUAAGAAUUGUGUUCAUGAGAUCGGUCUCGAUUUAAAGCUCUGAUCUAAUAUAGGAAACAAUGGAGAGUAAAGCAUCCAGCAUUUAUAAGUUUGAGCAUACUGUGCGUACUUAACCGUUUAUCUUCUGACUCUCGUCACAGUUUGAGUAUUGCUGUCCAAAGACAUGUUUUGUUGACGUUUUCCAUCGUGCACUCAGCAGCACUAAACCUAUUACAGUUGAAUAUGAAGUGUUUAAUUUCAGAAAAGUAAGUUUUCUUUCAUGGCUUGAAAAAGAGAUUAGUUUUGUCCCUCAAUCCCUUUCCUAUGCCCACAUGGGAAGUUCAGCAUCUUCAUAUUGUUCUGACUUCAACACAGAGGAAGCAUACAAGAGUAGCCCUACAUGGAGCGUCCUAAUGCAGUAGUUGCUCAGUACUGCUUGCAGCACCUCCCAGUGAUGACUUGGCAGAGAUUCGAAUGCAAGUUGUCCGAGUGAGUGUGCCUCAAGCUUGAGAGCUUUCAGAUAUUUCUACUCAUGAUUACCCUGACUGUUCCACUACCCCGAGACUGGCAAGCAAGUGGGGCAAGUGACUCUGCCAAUUAAUUGUUCUUCAACAGAACCUCUUGAAAGUUAAUCUACGUUUAAGGUCUUCAUGGAGGCCAUGCCUUUCUGUUUACACAAAAGGUUUACAGUUUUGGCAGGUUCAGAUUAUCAGGGGGUGGUUUAAGAUGAAUCAUGGCUGCCCACUCUGCUCAGAAAAUGGCACCGUUGGUCAUCAAUGUAUCGGAUAAAGAGUGAUGGGAUAGGGCCUGAGUAAGGCUGGAACACAGAAGGGAAGAAGAUUUUUCAUCUGUAAGGGAAUCGUGAGUUAUGAGGAGAAGGCAGGAAAGUGGAGUUGAUGGUGGUCAGAUCAGCCCUGAUCACAUCGAAUGGUGGAGUAUUCGAUGGGCUGAAUGGCCUACAUCUCUUCUAUCUUUUUGUCUGACAUACCCCGCAAAAAGACAAGUUUAAGUCAGGCCCAUUUAUAUGUACGAAAUUUCAAGGAGAAAUUGUCCAAUUAGUGAACAACUCAGCCAGGCGUGGGAGGGUCAUGAUAGAAAGGGGCUGUUCGGGCUUCUGCUGGAGUAAGAAACCGAGAGCCAUCAGAGCAUCCUAGUGAGGGAUGGAGAUAUAAAGGGAUUGGACGUUCAUAGCAAAGAAGAAGUGAUUAGGACCAGGAAAAUGGAAAUUGUUGAAAUGAUGCAAGGCAUCACAAUAAUUGUGAAUGUAGUUGCAAAGAGAUGUAGCUUGUUUGCAGUAAAACGGCACAAUGCAUGUUGAAAUCCAUGAGCUGACCCUUAUAGCAAUAAUGCUUCUGUAGUCCAAACAAUGCAGAGAAAGCUUUACUGUCCGUGGUACUAGCAAUUUGUCUGGUCAUUAUGUGUAACAUAUCCUAACACAGUCUUUCACAGUGCUACUAACAUUCACUGGCUCAUUUUCUGCUUUGCUCACCGUAUCACUAAUAUUGAAUUAUAUGGAGUAUGGGUGUCCAAUUCUGGACACCACAAUUUAGGAAGGACGUGAAAACCGCUCAGAGAAAAGAUUGACGAGAAUGGCUUUGGGGAUCAGGGAGAUCAGCAAUAAGGAUAAGCUGCAGGACAUGUGCUGUUCUCCUUGGAGAAGGAGUUGAAAAGAGAUCUGAUAAAGGUGCUUAAGAUCAUGAGAGAUGUGGAUUGAGGGGUCGUGAAGCCGGUUUUUACUGGGAAUAGGUUGAGAUCCAGAUGAUAUCAAUUUAUGGAGCUCAGCAAAAGAACUAGAGUUGAAUUUUUAAGCAUCCGGUGCAUAUGAUCUGGAGUGGACAGCUGUGCAGGAGGCAGGUUCGACUCAUGCAUUCACAUGGAAUUGGACAAGCACCUCAAGAAAAGUAGUUUUCAGGGUGAUUGAGAUCAGCGAAAUUGCUCUUGCAGGGAGCUGACAAUCAGCUCAAAAGGGCUGAAUGGUCUUUCUCAACUCUGUAACCAUUCCCUGAAGCUAUGUUUAGAUAUCUGGGUGUCCAUUUGGAUCAUUUUGGCUUUAUGUCAAAUUGUCAACAACACAUUGGCAGCCCAUUCCACAUCUCUCAUGUUUUUCGCCAAUUAUAUUAAUAAUCACUUAAAAUGUUUUAACAAAAAAGGCUAAUGAAACUAGAGAGCAUAGGUUUUGGGUGAGAGGAGAAACAUUUAAAAGGGACCUAAGGGGCAGCUGUCUCACUCAGAGGGUAGUGCAUGUGUGGAACAAGCUGCCAGAAGAAGUAGUGGAGGCUGGUACAGUAACAUCAUUUAAAAGGCAUCUGGAUGGGUAUAUGAAUAGGAAGGGUUUAGAGAGAUUUGGGCCAAAUGCUGGCAAAUGGGGCCAAAUUAAUGUAGGAUAUCUGGUUGGUAUGGAUGAGCUGGACCGGAAGAUCUGUGCUGCACAUCUCUAUGAGUCUAUGCGUCAAGAUCUGACAUUCUGCAGAAAAGGUUUCGGACAAUGAUCCCUGGGAUGAGGAGUUUCACUUCCAAUAUGGUUUUGAGAAUUCCGCUUGGAGGAGACAUGGUUAGGAGGAGAUUUGGUAGAGGUAUGCAAAUUUAAAGCUGUUUUACACUCUCCCACUAAGUCAAGAUCAUUCCCAAUUACCUUUGGUCCCAACACCACAUAAAACAAUGUGAUACAUCAAUUCUGUUGACAUUGUUACAGCUGAACAAAUGAGAAUGAACCAUUUAUUGAUACGACAAGUAGUAGGGUAAAAAACCAGCACAACAUCGAAGGGCCAAAGGGCCAACACUGUGCUGUACUGUUCUAUGUUCUGCAUUACUACUCUCACAAAAAGAAAUGUGUGUUUUGUUCUCUAUAAUCCUAAAUUCUAUUGGACAAAUCAUGCUGGAAUAUUUUAUUUGUUGCAAUAAAUAUGACACAGUUUUGAUAAGAGCAAAGGAACAUUUACUCCAUUAUAUUUAAUUUACUUCCAAUUUUUAUCAUCAUAAUUCUUGUGUUAUUCCCCUUCCAAGACCAGCAAGCCAUUAAUCCAUGUUAUUUUUUGGAGAUAUUCCAGUGACAGUAACAACCUUCGCAUAGCAGGGUUUGAUAUCAAUCUGAUUUCAUCACUGCCUUCGGAAUCUGCACACUGUUUGGUGCUGUAUGAAACUAGUUAAUAUGGAAAUCAGGUUCCAAAUGUGAUUUAAUAUUGUGACAAUGUUUCCCAAACUACUAUUAAACUUUCAUGUCAGUCUGGUGA